CACGUUUCAGUGUAGAUUUGCACCACCUCCAGCAGGUUGGAUGGAAGCUGGAGGAACGUUAUGCACUGGACAGGAAAAGCUGGAGAAUGUGGAGACUGAGUUCUUGGACAUUUCAAACCUCAGGCCAGAGUAUAAUGUGUAUAAGGCUGUGUACGCUCUGGCGUAUGCCCUUCAUGACAUGCAGCAGUGUGAGCCAGGGAGAGGACCUUUCAGUGGGCACGGCUGUGGGAAUUUGCAAAGACUGGAGCCAUGGCAGGUUGUGUAUUACUUGGAAAAAGUUAACUUCACCACACCAUUUGGUGAUCAAGUGUCAUUUGAUGAGAACGGUGAUGCCUUACCAAUAUAUGACAUCAUGAACUGGCUGUGGCUCCCUGAUGGAAAAACUGAGGUUCAGAAUGUGGGUGAGGUUAAGAAGUCCGCCUCCAAAGGUGAAGAACUCACACUUGAUGAUGACAAAAUCUUCUGGAACUUUGGAUCCAAACAGCCACCUCGGUCGGUGUGCAGUGAGAGCUGUCCUCCAGGUACACGCACGGCCAGAAAGAAGGGGGAAGCUGAAUGUUGUUUUGACUGCAUCCCUUGUUCUGAGGGAAAGAUUAGCAAUAAGACUGACUCCAUGGAGUGCACCAGGUGUCCAGAGGACUUCUGGUCCAGCCCCCAGCGUGACCACUGUGUUGCUAAGAAAACAGAGUUCCUCUCCUACCACGAGCCUCUGGGUAUCUGCUUGACAGCCACCGCAUUGCUUGGAACAUUUAUCUGUGCUACUGUUCUGGGUAUCUUCAUCUAUCAUCGCCAAACACCUAUUGUACGAGCCAACAAUUCUGAACUCAGUUUCCAGCUGUUGCUGUCACUUAAGCUAUGUUUCCUGUGUUCACUGCUCUUUAUUGGUCAUCCCAGACUGUGGACAUGCCAGUUGAGACAUGCAGCGUUUGGCAUCAGCUUUGUGCUUUGUAUCUCGUGUAUCCUGGUGAAAACCAUGGUGGUUCUGGCAGUGUUCAGGGCCUCCAAGCCAGGAGGUGAAGCCAGUCUGAAGUGGUUUGGUUCUGUGCAGCAGAGAGGGACAGUUCUGGUUCUUACUUCUGUUCAAGCAGCAAUCUGCACCGCCUGGCUCGUCUCUUCAUCACCGGCUCCUCAUAAAAACACCCAGUACCACAGUGACAAGAUAGUUUAUGAGUGUGUAGUUGGAUCCACGGUCGGUUUUGCCGUGUUACUUGGCUAUAUUGGUUUCCUGGCUAUCCUCAGUUUCCUGCUAGCUUUCCUGGCGAGGAAUCUUCCAGACAACUUCAAUGAGGCCAAACUCAUAACUUUCAGCAUGCUGAUCUUCUGCUCAGUGUGGGUGGCCUUUGUCCCUGCAUAUAUCAGCUCACCAGGGAAAUAUGCAGAUGCAGUGGAGGUAUUUGCCAUCCUGGCUUCUAGUUUUGGCCUCUUGGUGGCACUGUUUGGACCCAAGUGUUAUAUAAUCUUGAUGAGACCAGAGAGAAACACAAAGAACGCCAUCAUGGGUCGAUGUAUCACAAAGUCAUAAAAUUAGCCAACACGUCCUCCAAUUCAGUUGAUAGAUAUUGUUUGUCCUUACUUUGACCUAUCCAUUCACCCCGACCUCCUCGCUCAGUUGACUUUGUGGCAAUGUUACAAUUAUUACUAUAUGUAGCCGGUCGGCCCUGACACACCAUCUUGCUUUAACCUCUGCUCAGUGUAUCGGUGGAAUAAGUUGGAAUUAGAUGGAGACUGUCUUGCCAGCCAGCGGAAACAUGUAUUAUGUGUAAAACACAUUA